UGGCUCACAAGCAGUUAGUCGUUGUCAUGGGAAGUGGUAAUGUUGGAAAGACAAGUGUGCUCCAUAGAUACCUUAAUGGAAGUUUUUCUUACAAAUACACACAAACAGUAGAGGAUCUUUAUGAUCAAAAUGUUUCUAUAGACGGUGAACGAUUCAUUAUUGAAUUCUUAGACACAUCAGGCUCUAUUGAGUUCCCGGCUAUGAGAAGACUAGCGAUACGCAAAGCCAACGCGUUCAUGCUCGUGUUUAAUAUUGACAAUGAAGAAUCAUUCGCCGAGAUGAAACAAACAUGGAGGGAAAUCAAAAAUUCUAGAGAUGAUCACAAAGAUAUACCAUGUAUUGUCAUCGGUAAUAAGCAGGACAGGGAAAACUACCGAGAGGUGGAGUAUUUCGAAGCACUGAAUUGGGCUGACAACAACGGUUUGGAGGGGAUGAUGCUUGAGGUGUCUUCGAAAACAGGAGAAAAUAUUGACAACAUUUUUAUGAAAUUAUUUAAACAGAUAAGUUUAUGUAAAGCGCAACAUCAAACUGUUCUGAGGACGAAAUUGCGGAAGAAAGUGCGGAUAGAAAAAGGUAAAAAAGUGUCCAGGACUGCUACGUCAAUUAGAGCUUUAUUUUCAUGUGGAAGGAAGAAAAGUGAAUGUACAACUGACAUUUAACUUUACGCUGUGUAAUAAUGGGCUAUCUCAAGUUGAUAAAAAAAACCUGUGUACAUAUAAAGGUUGUAAAUAGUAGUUUGAUGACUUUGUUUAAGAUCAUAAGAUGUUCUGUUGUAUUACAGUAUGUGUCAUUUAGUCUGAGAUGAUUUAUUUGAUCACAGCAAUCAAUAUUGUUGUGUCCUCACAGGAGUAUUCAGGUGCCAUUCAUUCAUUCAUGUUAAUUAAUUAUUCGUAUAAUAAUAUACCUAUCUGUGCCUCAAGUCCACAACUUAAAAUGGAAUAUUGAUCGAUCUUAUUAAAAUUAGACUUGGUGAUUCCCGCUCUUUUACGAUACCCUGCUACACAGUGUAUCGUAGAGUAUCGUAGAGGAAUGGAAAUUACAAGUCUAAUUUUAGAUUGGAAUAUUGAUAUAUCUAAUUAUGUAUUUCACUACAAUAAAACAGAUGUAGAAUGCACGUGUGUCUAUUUUAAGAUCUAUGGAAUUUCAGUUGAUAUAGGCAACGUCUCGUACAACAAUAAGGUUGUUAAAAUACUAACAACAUUUUUCUGUCUUUAAUGACUUUUGUAUCAACUUACUCAUCAUUAUGACUGUACUGUUCCUGUUAAGAAAUUUCGUAGAGUUUUUUUGUUUGUUUUUAUAUAACUCUGUGAUAUUUCCGGUGUUUUUACAUUACUUGCAUACUUGCAUACACUGUAUGACAUUGUACCAGUUACCCAGCAUGCCAUGUCUUAAUUUGUAUGGUAAGUAGUAUAAAUGUAUAUCUAAUCUCAAAAUUGGGUAAAUCAUGGGUUUAAGGCACUUCCACUUGUGUAUUUAUAGGUUUACUCCAAUAGUCCAAUCAAAGAUUUGUAACAAGCAUUUUCAUUGGCUUAAAAAUAUAUCAUUAUCUUUUUGAACUUACGAAAUUAAACUCCGCGUUUGUAACGUCGCUUAAUUAAAUUUGCUAAUAUUAGAGUCCAUCAAUGAAGGUGGAUUUCCACAUGACUUGUGUACGGUAAAUUAAACUAUACAAAUAAAUAAAUAAAUAAAUAGAUAAAUAAAAUGAAAAAAAAUAAACGAGUGUGUACUCUAAAUGAACCGCGAAAUGGUUAGAGACACUCGUUUUCCACCAUAACAUAAAAAUAUAUUCAAAUUAAUCCUUAAUUGUUACUAAAUUUCUAUUCAUAAAUGUGCCACGCAAUUGUGAGUUUGUUCUUAUGUUUGUUUAAUUUUACUCGUUUUUCUUUUAUUUAUUUUUAAUUGUUUUUGUUUUUAUUUGUUUUUGUUUUGUUUAGCGUCUUUUGAACGAUCAAGGUGCUGUCCGCUAUGUGUGUGUUGUACAUUCAUUAAUUUAAAAGCAGAAUACAUUAAUCUAUGCAUUCAAAUCCUUGUACAUCUUCAUUGGAUACACUUUUAAAAUA